AUGCCGUCGCCGACGCUGCUGACUUGCUGGCGGAGCCUGGCGCGCGCUUCGCGCACGCAGGUUCCCGCCGCCUUUCCUGGAAUUCAGAAGACGGCUUACCCGAUCCUGUCAUCCAACUCGCUGUUGUGCUCUUCUCGCUCAUCUCCCCUGACCGCCCGCAGUGGCGGCUCCUUCCUUCGUUUCCUUUCUUCUGCUGCGCCAUCCGCUGGAAAGAAGCCGGCAGCCGCUGGCUCUGCCCCCGCGGCGGGAAUGAACCACGGCCGCAUUACCCAGGUCAUCGGUGCCGUCGUCGAUGUGCACUUCGAUGAACAGCUUCCUCCGAUUCUCAACAGUUUGGAAGUCGAGGGUCACUCCAACAGGCUGGUCCUGGAGGUCGCACAGCAUCUGGGCGAAAACACUGUGCGCACGAUUGCCAUGGACGCCACUGAAGGUCUGGUGCGUGGCCAGAAGGUCGUUGAUACUGGUGCUCCCAUUCAGGUGCCCGUCGGUGUUGAGACUUUGGGUCGUAUCAUGAACGUCAUCGGAGAGCCCGUCGAUGAAUGCGGACCUGUCCCGGCGAAGAAGACCUACUCGAUUCACCGCGCCGCUCCGCUGUUCUCUGACCAGUCGACUGAGCCAGGUUUGCUGCAGACCGGUAUCAAGGUCGUGGAUCUGCUGGCCCCGUACGCUAAGGGAGGCAAGAUCGGUCUGUUCGGAGGUGCCGGAGUGGGAAAGACUGUGCUGAUUAUGGAGCUUAUCAACAACGUCGCGAACAAGCACGGUGGUUUCUCGGUCUUUGCCGGUGUCGGCGAGCGCACGCGCGAGGGUAACGACCUGUACCACGAAAUGAUGACCACGGGUGUCAUCAAGAGGAAGAAGCUCGAAGACGGCAAGUUUGACUUCACCGGCUCCAAGGCCGCGCUGGUCUACGGUCAGAUGAACGAACCCCCUGGGGCCCGCGCGCGUGUCGCUUUGACUGCGCUGUCCGUCGCCGAGUACUUCCGUGACGAGCAGGGCCAGGACGUGCUGCUUUUCAUCGACAACAUCUACCGCUUCACUCAGGCCGGUUCCGAGGUGUCUGCGCUUCUUGGACGUAUUCCCAGUGCCGUCGGAUACCAGCCCACGCUGGCCACCGAUCUGGGUCAGCUGCAGGAGCGUAUCACGACCACGAAGAAGGGUUCGAUUACCUCCGUCCAGGCCGUCUACGUGCCUGCAGAUGACUUGACGGAUCCUGCACCCGCCACUACAUUCGCCCAUCUUGACGCCACGACUGUGUUGUCGCGUCAAAUCGCCGAGCUGGGUAUCUACCCCGCCGUCGAUCCGCUUGACUCGACCAGCCGCAUGUUGGCUCCCGAGAUCGUCGGACAGGAGCACUACGACACCGCUCGCGCCACCCAGAAGCUGCUUCAGGACUACAAGUCGCUGCAAGACAUCAUUGCCAUUCUCGGUAUGGACGAACUAAGCGAAGAGGACAAGCUCGUUGUGUCGCGCGCACGUAAGGUGCAGCGAUUCCUGUCUCAGCCGUUCACCGUCGCCGAGGUUUUCACUGGCAAACCCGGCAGAUUCGUCGAGCUGCCCGAGACCAUCCGCAGCGCACAGACCAUCCUCCGUGGCGACUGCGACGACCUCCCGGAAAUGGCCUUCUAUAUGUGCGGUGGCCUCGAGGAAGUCCGCUCCAAGGCUGUCAAGAUGGCUCAGGCAGCCGCGAGCAGCAAGUAA